AUGGCGCUGCUGUUACCUGGGUUCCGGCCGCCGCUGGCAGGAGGAGGCGGCGGCGGCGGCGGUCCUCUCCCGCCCCUGGGCUCGGGCGAAGUCUGGGCCGCCGCCGCGGCCUGGCACAGAGUGCGCAGCGGGCUUCCUCCCGGCCGGGCCGCCGCCGCCGCGGCCCCCGGCCUCCCUGCCCCUCCUCGGGGCCGGGCCGCCCUCCCCCUCCUCACGGGUCCGGCCGGCUCGGGCUCCCGGGCGGCCGACCCGCGGCGGGGGGCCUCUCCCAGGACGGCACCGGGCUCCGCUCACCCGCUGCGGCGCCCACCCCUUCCCGCCCCCGGGCGACGGCCGAGCGGAGGGGAGGGCGGCCGGGGCCUCGGGAGGACAGCGAGCGAGAGCGCGGACUCCGCCACCCGGGACGCUCCGUUAAGGCGACGACGACCGGGGCCGUGUUGUUGCUGCCAACUUGUCGAGGGGGGCACUGGGCAUGCGCAAACGCAGACCACAUCCGGUGGAGAAAAGAGAACUCAUCAAAGACACUUCUUGCAACAACGCACUGUGAGAAAUGAUUUGGGGGGGGCAGUCAGGAAAAUAGCCCUUUACCCCUUUCCCAACCCGACCCAAACUUCUAAAUCCAUAGACUCAGAAAUGUCCAAUCGGAACUAUCUGAAUUCCAAGAUUCCCCACUCCCCCACUAUGAAAAGAGGAGGCAAAGUUCAAUAAAUGACAACAAAGUGGUGACUAGAAGCUCCUUGAGGCUCCGUAAUCUGGAGACACACAGACAUAUAGCUAAUGUAAUAUAACAUAUAAAAUAGAUAUUACUUGGCUUCAAGUAUGCAUAAUACAUAUAGACAUGUAUGACUGGAAGCUUAUAUAUAAGGUUGUGUACGCAUAUAUGUGUUACAUGCAUGCACAUCUGUGUGAUAUAUGUAUCAUACAUCUAUUGCCAUACCCAUCUAAAAGCUUCCAGGCAUGUAUGUGUAUGUGUAUCAUGCAUAUAUGUAUACCCCUCAUCCCCUCCACAAUUAUUACAUGCCACUGUGUGCUAAGUACGGCGUUGGAGAUACAAAAAUAAAAUUAAUAGUCCCUUACCUUUAAGAUGCAUAUGCUUAUCAGAGAUUUACCAUUUAUACAAAUAAGUAGAAGAGAAUCCUUAUAUGUUCCUUGGUACCUAGUACAGGCUUUGCACAGACUUGAAUCAAGAAAAAAUGAGAAGGGUCCCUCCCGACCCCCAGAACUAUGGGUAGAAUUCAGCUGAAAAAAAUAUGUUCAAAUGUAACUUUUGGUACUACUGUAUGUAACGCUUAAAAUCAGCGGCCUCGGGGCAGCCUAGGUGGUGUAGUGGGUAGAGCACCGGGUCUGGAUUCAGGAGGACUUGAGUU